UUGCCUUCCAUCAUUCACUAUAUACACCAUGUCUGACGUUGCUAGUGCCCCAAAAAAACACACCAAGACUCAAUCCGCCUACGUAAGUACUAAUUAAUGAUCCCCGAAGAGGUAAGGAAGUACUGCCAUCGUUAAGCGCUGGAGACCACUGACCAGUGCCAAAUAUAUGCCAUUGUCCCCUUUGCCAUUAACCUUUCAUAUGUCUCUCACUUCCAGAAAUAUUUUGGCGUCGAUUUUCCUUGCAAUAUUUCCCCUUUACGGCGCAUGCUUGUUUGGUACUAACCCCCUAGGCCUUUGACAACACCACCACCAGUGUGGCCGCCUCCCUGAUGCGUAACGCGUUGAACAAGCUCGCCGACUCCGUCCAGGACGACUCUGUCAAGGACCGUUUCGAGAACGAAAUGGAUUCGUUCUUCUCCUUGUUCAGAAGAUACUUGACUGACAAGGCUGCCGACACCCCAUUGGACUGGGACAAGAUUAGAUCGCCAGGGUCCGACGAGGUUGUUGACUAUGUGUCCUUGUCUAACGGCGAAGAUGCCGCUGCCAACUUGAGCAAGUUGGCUGUGUUGAAGUUGAACGGUGGUUUAGGUACCUCCAUGGGCUGUGUUGGGCCAAAGUCUGUCAUCGAAGUCAGAGACGGCAACACCUUCCUCGACUUGGCCGUCAGACAGAUUGAGCACUUGAACAGAAAGUACGACGCGGACGUGCCGUUGUUGUUGAUGAACUCCUUCAACACCGAUUCUGACACCGCCAAGAUUAUCAGAAAGUAUCAGGGCCACAGAAUCAGAGUCAAGACCUUCAACCAGUCCCGCUUUCCAAGAAUCUUUAAGGACUCCUUGUUACCAGUCCCACAGUCGUUCGACGACAGCUUGGAAGCCUGGUACCCACCCGGCCACGGUGAUUUGUUUGAAUCCUUGGUCUCCUCCGGGGAGUUGGACGCGCUUUUGGCCCAGGGCAGAGAGGUGUUGUUCGUUUCCAACGGUGACAACUUGGGUGCCACCGUCGACACCAAGAUCCUCACCCAUAUGCUCGAGACCGACGCCGAGUACAUCAUGGAGUUGACCGACAAGACUAGAGCUGACGUCAAGGGGGGUACCUUGAUCAACUACGACGGUGAGAUCCGGUUGUUGGAGAUUGCACAGGUGCCGAAGGAGCACGUUGAGGAGUUCAAGUCGAUUAAGAAAUUCAAGAACUUCAAUACCAACAACUUGUGGAUUAACUUGAAGGCCGUUAAGAGAUUGGUCGAGGCCAACGCCAUCCAGGUUGAGAUCAUCCCCAACGCCAAGGCUAUCACUAUCAACAAGGCCGAGUACAAUGUCUUGCAGUUGGAGACCGCUGUCGGUGCCGCCAUCAGACACUUUAAGGGUGCCCACGGGGUGGUUGUUCCAAGAUCCAGAUUCUUGCCGGUAAAGACCUGUUCCGACUUGUUGUUGGUCAAGUCUGACUUGUUCUUCUUGGAACACGGUGCCUUGAGAUUGGACCAGUCCCGCUUCGGGCCAAACCCGUUGAUCAAGUUGGGCUCCCACUUCAAGAAGGUUAGCGGCUUCCAGCAGAGAAUUCCUCAUAUGCCAAAGAUCUUGGAGUUGGACCACUUGACUAUUACCGGUAAUGUCUCUUUAGGCAAGGGCGUUACCUUGAAGGGGACUGUCAUCAUUGUUUGUUCUGAUGGCCAGAGAAUUGAUAUUCCAAACGGCGCGGUGUUGGAAAAUGUUGUCGUUACCGGUAACUUGACUAUCCUCGAACACUAAGCACCCUUUUCAAUGACCAGGGGAGGAGGAACGUUUCCCCGUGUAAACCUACCUUUUUUAUUUUCCUACUUCGCAUACUAAGCUUC